GUAGUUCUUUUUUUGCUCAAAAUGUCUGAUUUGAGUUUGAUAAGAAAAAUAACAACAACAAAAAAAGUUCCUCGAAGAGCUCCUGCCCAGCCUGGAGACUGUGCAGAAGGAGGAGGAGAAGAGAAAAGUGCAGGAGUAAGCACAACUCCUAAAGUUCAGAUCCCCUUAAGGAAGGAAAAAAAAAAAGAAAAGGAAAAAAAAAGAAAAGUCCUGCAGAGGGGAGCUGACUGACUGACUGAGGGAACUCCAAGUCAGACGGCAGCUUUCAGCAGAAGUGGAGCUAAGCCUUAAACCGAGUCAAAAUGACAACCCCGAUGAUAAGAAGUUGUCGUCUAAUAUUUUUAAAAGUGUUUUUGCUUCUCUUCAUCGCCUUCCAGCUCUCAUAUGCGCGUCCUUCUCCAAUAAUUAGAUUUCCCGGAGACGACAGCCCCAGGACAGACAAAGAAGUUGCUCUGCACUAUCUGAAUAAGUUCUAUGGAUGCCCUCAAGACAGCUGCAACCUCAUGGUGCUCAAAGACACCCUGAAGAAAAUGCAGAAGUUCUUUGCUCUGCCUGAAACUGGAGAGAUUGAUGCUCAGACUGUGGCCAUCAUGAAAAAGCCCCGCUGUGGAGUUCCAGAUGUUGCAAAUUACAACUUCUUCCACAAUAAACCCAAAUGGCAGAAGAAGGACAUCACCUACAGAAUCCUGGGAUACAGCCCAGAUCUGGAUGAAGAAGUCAUAAAUGACGCUUUCUACAGAGCCUUUAAAGUCUGGAGCGACGUCACGCCCCUCACUUUCACCCGCAUCAUGGACGGAGAGGCAGACAUUAUGAUCAACUUUGGUCGCAACGAGCACGGAGAUGGUUACCCUUUUGAUGGAAAGGAUGGCCUGUUGGCUCACGCCUUUGCCCCAGGGGCAGGAAUCGGGGGCGACUCCCACUUUGAUGAUGAUGAGCAGUGGACUCUGGGAGAGGGCCAAGUGGUCAAGGCCAAAUUUGGAAACGCUGAUGGGGAGUUCUGCAAAUUCCCCUUUCUCUUCAUGGGCACCGAGUACAAAAGCUGCACGGCUCAGGGCCGCGAUGACGGCUUCCUGUGGUGCUCCACCACGUACAACUUUGAUGAAGAUGGAAAAUACGGCUUCUGUCCCCACGAGUUGUUGUUCACCCUGGGAGGAAAUGGAGAUGGGGCUCCGUGUAAAUUCCCCUUCACCUUUCAAGGGAAAAAGUAUGACGGCUGCACCACUGAGGGCAGAGAUGACGGCUAUCGUUGGUGCGCCACGACGGAGGACUACGACCGGGACACGUCCUACGGCUUCUGCCCUGAAACUGCUAUGUCAACCGUGGGAGGAAAUGCGGAAGGAGCCCCCUGUGUCUUUCCGUUCACCUUUCUGGGAGACACCUAUGAGUCCUGCACUACCUCUGGGCGCAGUGAUGGCAAGAUGUGGUGUUCCACCACUAAGAGCUAUGAUGAUGACAGGAAGUGGGGUUUCUGUCCCGAUCAAGGCUACAGCUUGUUCUUGGUGGCAGCUCAUGAAUUUGGUCACGCUCUUGGUUUGGAGCACUCCCAGGAUCCCGGUGCAUUGAUGGCUCCAGUUUACACUUUUACCAAAGACUUCAGACUUCCUCAAGACGAUAUUCAAGGCAUCCAGGAACUUUAUGGUGUGCCAACAGACAAGCCUUUGCCCCCAACCCAAGGUCCGGUCACUCCGAUGGACAUCUGUAAAGAGUCGAUUGUCUUUGAUGCUGUUGCACAAAUCAGAGGAGAGGUCUUUUUCUUCAAAGACAGGUUCCUGUUCAGGUCAGUCAAUUUCCGAAGCAAACCCAAAGGCCCUAUGCUCGUGGCCACCUACUGGCCAGAUCUGCCUGCCAAGAUAGAUGCUGCUUAUGAGAACCCAGUGGAGGAAAAAACGGUCUUUUUCGCAGGAAACCAGUAUUGGGUUUACAGAGCUGAUGAGCUGGAGAGUGGAUAUCCUAGAAGAAUCUCCAACCUUGGCCUUCCCGAUGACGUGCAGCACAUUGACGCCGCUUUCAGCUUCCGAAGGAACAGGAAGACUUACCUAUUUUCUGGAGACAAAUUCUGGAGAUAUGAUGAAGACAGAAAAGACAUGGAUCCCGGCUUUCCCAAACUUAUUGCCGAUUCCUGGAAUGGCAUCCCAGAUGACCUUGACUCUGCCUUCAGUCUUAAUGGCAUUGAUUACAGCUACUUCUUCAAAGGAAACCACUAUUUCAAACUGGAAGACAACAGCCUAAAGAUUGUCAAGUUGGGUGAAAUAAAGACAGACUGGCUCGGGUGUUAAGUAUUUACAAAAAGUCCUCCCUGUUGCAUCAGAUACAGGAUUUGGGGUUGUGCACACUUUUCUAACCAAGCUUCUCUGGAACACGUGUUCCUCUGGCCUGUAUAACCAGCUACUAUCUCCAAAAAAUGGCAACUCAAGACUUUAUACAUUAUCUUAACAUAUGCAACUGGAUGUUUCUUUUUUUUUACUUUUAUAAAAUACAUUGGUGUAUAUGUUUAAAGAUGUUUUCCCCUUUUGUUUUAUUAUUUUAUGUAUAUAUUUGUUAGAAAAUCAGACAUCAGGCAUGUCCACACCACAUUUACCGCAGCACUGUACUGUGCUGGGUUGCUCCGCCCAUUCAUGCAAAUUUCAUACCGAAAGAUUGUUUUAGAGAAUUUUAUGAAGAUUUUUUUUUCAUUUUAUUAUUUUUUAUGUAUGUUUUAUUUCAUUUUCUCAUUGUUGAGCAAAACAUUUACUUAAAUGAAUUUGCACAAUGUGACCGAAAAUGGUGCUUUUAGAGAAUGCUUCAUGCAUGUAGUCCUCUUCGUAGGUAGUAUGUUUUAGAUUUAGAGUAACUGUGUCUGAUUGGACUGCCGACAGGAUGUCAGAAGGUUGCGUUCACAGGCACACAAUAUUCUACAUUUGGUUGGCACUUUGCUUUGAACUCUACAAGAAAAUUGCACAAUGGAAAGUUCAGAUAUUGCCAUGGCAACUCCAUGAUGUGUUUACCUUUUAGUAAUGGUACAGUUUAACGGCACGGGUUGCCUCAAAUAGACUUUAAAGGUGGGGUACAUUAUGGAAUGAUGACAAAGAUAAUAGGGUAAAGUUGUUUACUUAUGUUUUGUAUGUUUUCUUUCUUGAUUUUAAUGGAAUAUACUCAUGUUUUUUUGUUGUUUUAACUCCUGUGCACUUUGUUACUGUCAUCAAUAAAGAUAAUCAUCAACUUUA